CUGCGAACUGUGAUUACUCGGAGUCGUGUCGUGUGAAAUCUUCUGUUACCAUUUUCCCUAUUUCAUCAGAUUUUCUUUAUUUAGUGUAGAGUCAUUGGAUUUUGUUCUUAUAAUAGUUCUACUCAUCUAUUUAUCUUUCUUUCUCCGCAAGUGAAAUUUUAAAAAUGUUUCGUUUUUUCCGUAUUAUUUAGAUUCAGAAAAUGUCGAACUGAUUGGUGUUCCUUGUGGAUUUUGUUUCGCCAUUUCGUUCAACGUUGUUUCGUUUUCUGUCAUAAUUUUGUCGGUAUCCUAAUGUCUUGUAUUCACUACAAGUUUCGAAGUGCUUUAGAAUAUGAUACAAUUACAUUCGACGGACUUUCUAUCUCUCUUGCCGACCUCAAACAGUCGAUUAUUACUCAGAAAAAGUUCGGAAAGAACAGUGACUUUGACUUGGAGGUUACAAAUGCCCAGACGAAAGAAGAAUACAAAGAUGAGAUGACAAUGAUACCAAAGAAUUCCUCGGUGGUUGUUCGUCGUAUUCCAGUUGGGCCAAAAAGCAAAGCUCAACUGGCAGCGGAUAGGGCAUCUCCUUUUUCAAGUGGAGAGCAGAAAACAAGUGGUUUCCAAGAUUACCAAGUUGUAAAAUCCAACAAGUUGAGCAAGGUGACUGACUUGGCCAAUGCUGAUGCAUCAGAGGAAGAUAAGCUGAAGGCAAUGAUGAAACAGUCUGGAGAGGAUUGGGACCCAUCACAGUAUGUGAAAGGGCGUCGUCCUUAUGCACCAGGUGUGCCUGUGCCACAAAGUUACGUUUGUUACAGAUGUGGAAAACAUGGGCACUUCAUAAGGAACUGUCCCACCAAUGGAGAUGCCAGAUUUGAUGUUCCGAAGGUGAAACGCACAACAGGCAUUCCUCGAACCUUUUUAAGCACAGCAGAGGGUACAUCAUCACCACCUGCCAGUAGACUGUCACCAUCAAAUCAAGAAGAUGAGUCUAAAUCAAAAGGAAAAGAAAAAACUCCACAGACUGCUGGUAACAAGAAAGUUCCAUCUGAGCUACGGUGUCCCUCUUGUAGCAGUUUACUAACAGAUGCUGUGCUCAUCCCUUGUUGUGGAACAAGUUACUGUGAUGACUGCAUUAGAAACUACCUUUUGGAGAAUGAACAAGAAUGUCCAUCGUGUGGAGCAGAGAAUGUCUCACCUGAUUCACUGGUUAUUAACAAACAGCUUAGGCAGGCUGUAAAUACUUUCAAAAAUGCCAGACCUGCUAGUCCUUUUGUAACUAAGUUGCCAACAAAGACUAAUGAAACAACCACAGUUACCAGCAACACAGAUGGUAAACAAACCACACCAGCAUCCAAGGUGGAACCUGAGAGUAGUCAGGAAAAAGCUGUCCCAGAUCCUAAAUCAACUGAAGUUCAAGCAGCAAAACUGCCAAGUGAUGCUGACAAUAGGAUAAAAGAAAGUUCCCCAAAGCCCGUCAAACAAGUGUUAAGUCAGCCUCAACAAAUCAGAAUUCACCACCGUGAUGGUCCAGCACAGCAAGGUGUUGGUAUGAAUCAAGCCAGACUACCUUUUGAUCCCCGUAGAAGACUAGGCGAUUUUCCCCCAAGGGGACCACCUCGUGUACCUGAAAUACAUCACAGGUUAUCGGAACCCAUAAGACCUCACGGACUUCCCCCGGAACAUGUGCCCCGUGUACCUGCUAUCCGGCCCGGUUUGGGUGGUCCACGACAUCCAGGCCCACCUCCUUAUCUCCCUCCGGCAAUUAGAGGGAUGCAUGCGGCAGCACCUGCUCUUCCUCGUAUGCCUCCAGUCCCUACCCUGGUUGCGGCUCCUUUGCCGCGCCAUCCAGCAUUCCGACCACCCGCGAUGUUUGAUCCACUCCAUCCUGGCGACCGACCCGGGACUCUCCCGCCGGGUCACCACACGCCGCCAAUGUCCGAGCGAGAGUUCUACAAAAUGCAAAAGAAACUGAAAUCGAGAGGUAAGAAGAAGCGAGAGCAUUCGUCAGCUAAUCGUCCCAGGAAGGAUCCUAGAAAAGAAGGCAGUAGUUUCGACUUUGAUGACGAACUCUUAGAAUACAGAGAGCUUCAGAAAAGCCGCCAACGUUUGCGUUCUCGUUCUUUGACUCCAACUCGCUCAUGGUCGCGUUCGCCAUCACUCAGAUCACGGUCAAGGUCACGGUCUUUUUCACGCUCAAGAUCGCGCUCACGUUCCCUUUCACGAUCCUCUGGAAGUCCCGCUCGAUCGCCCACUCCAGAGGGCUGGGACGAAUCCAGGUCUCCAUCGCCUACUCCGUCACAUGGUCAGAGUGGUGGCGCAAAUUCUGAAGAUGAGAAGAAAAAGAGACAUAAAAAGAGGAAGAAGGAACAGAAAAGUAAAGGACGGAAGAAACAGAAGACUUCACAUAAAGAUGAACAUCCUGUGGAACAGAAGGCGGGAAUUGAUGGUGUUAAGGAAGAGGAGAAAAAGAAACUUAGAAAUCAGAAUGGGAAAGGUGACAAGGUUGAGGUAAAGGAGAAGACUAAGAAUGUAGAAAAAGACAAAGAUAAACCGAAAGAGGUAAAAACCAAUAAAGAGAAAGAAAAAAUAAAGAAAAAGGAUAAGGACAAGAAAGUAGUUAGUGAUAAGGAGGGGAAAGGAAUAGAGAAAGACAGUAAGAAACAGAGUGAAAAGAAAAUAGAAAAGAAAAGCAAAGAAGGAAAGGAAACAGAAAAGAAAAGCAAAGAGGGAAAGGAAACAGAAAAGAAAAGCAAAGAGGGAAAUAAAAAGAAACACAAGAAACAUAAACGGCACAAAAAGGGAAAGAAUAAGGGAGAAAAAACUGGCAGUGAAGAAAAGGAGGCAGGGAAUAACAUCGAUACUGAGGAAAAUGAAAAUAAGGAUGAAUCAUCUGAGGCCGGCAACCCCGAAGGUAAAACUACCACAGAUGAUGAAAAAGAUUAUCAAGGAACCGAUGGAGCUGGGAAUCAGGACGAAAGUGACGAGGACAGAAGCGAUAGUGAUGAAGGAGAGCAAGAAGAAAUGGAGGAAGAUGGAAAGACUGGGAAACCGGUGCACGAGGGUGAUGAUGUCGACGAGAAGUCGAGUGAAAGUCAUGAAGAUAAGACAGAGAACGGAAGCGACGCAGAUGAACAAGACCAUAGAAAAUCAAAGACAGGGAAGCAUCAAAGAGAAGAAGAAUUGCUAGAAAGUGAUCAAGAGGAAGAGAAAAAGCUCAGAGGAAAUGAAGAGAAGCUUGAAGGAAAGGAAAGCGAUGCUGGGCAGGAUCUAAUGGAACAGAAGUUGCUUGAGAGUGACGACGAGAGCGACCGAGCUGAAUACACUGAAGAUGGUAACCACGAGGGCCAACAGAAUGUUGAGAGAGUGCAAGAAGAAGAGAUGGAAGAACAUGAUAGUGAUAGAGGAAAUGAGGCCAAAACUGGAAAUGGUCAGGAGAGAUUCUAUCCAGAAUUAAGUGCUGAACAAUCCAAAGAGGAAGAUUCAAGAUUUAUUGCAGAAAAACGAGAAAAUGGGAGUCAUCGAGUAGAACUGUGA